UUGAAUCAAUUACGGGACGCGGUUUGUAAGACCAUUACAGUCGGAUCGGGAGGGAGGGCGAACGGGAAGGAAAGAGCGCGGCUGAGCGGGGAAAGUCUCAAAAGACGUGGACAUAUUUUGGAUAUUUUACAAUCUGCACGAUUGGGGCUGCGGAUUAUAAAGGAGAAGGUAAGAGUUUUUGGGAACUAUGGGUACUUCCCCACGGAUGUUCCUGAUCCUGGGAUGUUUUCUCACAGGACCAUUCCUAACACUUUGCCAGCUUCCUUUGCCGGCUAUUGUUCCCAAUAGGAAUGAAAUGGUGGUACAGCUGAAUUCCAAUUUCACACUCAAAUGCUCUGGAGACAGUGAAGUGAGCUGGCAGUACCCAGUGAUGGAGGGAAGUCACAGGAUUGACAUUAGACACGAAGAAAACAACAGUGGCCUCUUCGUGACGGUGCUUGAAGUAGGAAAUGCCUCAGCCGCUCACACAGGCUUGUAUGUUUGCUAUUAUAACCACACUCAAGUGGAGGAUGGGGAAGUGGAAGGGAAAGACAUCUAUAUCUAUGUGCCUGAUCCAGACAUGCCUUUUGUUCCUUCUAUACCAGAAGACCAGUUCAUUCUAGUAGAAGAAGGUGAUCCCACUGUUAUCCCUUGUCGGACAAGUGACCCAAGUGCUCAAGUGACUUUGAUUAAUAGUUUAGACAAGACUGUCCAUGCUUUCUAUGACAGUAAACAAGGCUUCAUAGGGAAUUUCCCUGCAGGCUCAUAUACAUGCAAAACAAUGGUUGAACGUGUGGAGUUCAAGUCCGAUGAGUUCUUCAUUUAUAUUUUAAGAGCUACUUCACAGCUGCCAGUUGAAAUUGAAGCUCUUAAAACUGUCUACAAAGCAGGCGAGACCAUCGUAGUAACUUGUGUGGUCUUUGACAAUGAGGUGGUUAAUUUACAGUGGAAUUAUCCUGGGAAAGUGAAAGAAAAAGGUCUGAUAAAACUUGAUGAUAUCAAAGUCCCAUCGCAGAAGCUGGUUUACACCUUGACCAUUCCUGAGGCAUCAGUGAAAGACACAGGGGAUUAUGAGUGUACUGCUCGGCAUGCAACCAAGGAGGUUAAGGAAAAUAAGAAAGUAGUCAUUACAGUUCAUGACAAAGGUUUUGUUCACCUGGAGCCUCAGUUUAGCCCUCUGGAAGCUGUCAACCUACACGAAGUCAAAAACUUUGUUGUUGAUGUGCAGGCAUACCCAGCACCAAAAAUGUACUGGUUGAAGGAUAACGUGACUCUGAUUGAAAAUCUUACUGAGAUUGUUACUAGUUCCAACAAAGUCCAGGAAACAAGGUUUCAGAGUAUAUUAAAACUGAUCCGGGCCAAGGAAGAAGACAGUGGGUACUACACUUUGGUUGCUGAAAAUGAAGAUGAGAUUAAAAGAUACACUUUCUCCUUGCUAAUACAAGUUCCAGCUCUGAUCUUAGACCUUGUGGAUGAUCACCACGGCUCUGCAGGUGGGCAGACAGUGAGAUGCUUGGCAGAGGGGACCCCACUUCCUGAUGUGGAAUGGCUGGUUUGCAAGGACAUUAAAAAAUGCAGCAAUGACACCUCAUGGACUCUUCUGACUAACAACAUCUCUGAUAUACACAUGGAAGCCCACCUGGAUGAGAAAAACCAGGUGGAAAGCCAGGUGACCUUCCAGAAGGUAGAGGAAACCCUGGCUGUACGAUGCAUGGCAAGGAACGACCUUGGUGCUGUUACUCGGGAACUGAAGCUUGUGGCUCCCACUUUGCGAUCAGAACUUACUGUGGCUGCUGCAGUCUUAGUGCUGUUAGUGAUUGUGAUAAUUUCACUGAUUGUUCUGGUCAUCAUAUGGAAACAGAAGCCAAGGUACGAGAUCAGAUGGAGAGUCAUUGAAUCUAUCAGCCCUGAUGGCCAUGAAUACAUUUAUGUGGACCCAAUGCAACUGCCUUAUGAUUCCAGAUGGGAGUUUCCUCGAGACGGGUUAGUGCUUGGUCGAAUCCUUGGUUCUGGUGCAUUUGGAAAAGUAGUGGAAGGGACUGCAUAUGGACUGAGUCGCUCUCAACCAGUGAUGAAAGUAGCUGUGAAAAUGCUGAAACCUACUGCUAGAUCCAGUGAAAAACAGGCACUCAUGUCUGAACUGAAGAUAAUGACACAUCUUGGCCCCCACCUGAAUAUUGUGAAUCUGCUUGGAGCUUGUACAAAAUCAGGACCUAUUUACAUCAUCACCGAAUACUGCUUUUAUGGUGAUUUGGUGAACUAUCUGCAUAAGAACAGGGACAAUUUCCUGAGCCAUCAUCCAGAGAAGGCAAAGAAGGAUCUGGAUAUCUUUGGGAUGAACCCAGCUGAUGAAAGCACAAGGAGUUAUGUGAUCUUAUCAUUUGAAAACACUGGAGAGUACAUGGACAUGAAACAAGCUGAUACAACUCAGUACGUGCCAAUGCUGGAAAGGAAAGAGGGAUCUAAAUACUCUGAUAUUCAGAGAUCUGUGUACGAUCGGCCUGCUUCAUAUAAGAAGAAGUCUAUGUCAGAAUCAGAAGUCAAAAACCUCCUUUCAGAUGACAGUUCAGAGGGCCUCAGCCUACUGGAUUUGCUGAGUUUCACCUACCAGGUUGCUCGGGGAAUGGAAUUCUUGGCUUCUAAAAAUUGUGUGCACCGUGACUUGGCAGCUCGUAAUGUCCUCCUGGCUCAAGGAAAAAUCGUGAAGAUCUGUGACUUUGGGCUGGCUAGAGACAUCAUGCAUGAUUCCAACUAUGUCUCCAAGGGCAGUACUUUCCUCCCAGUAAAAUGGAUGGCACCUGAAAGCAUUUUUGACAAUCUGUACACAACAUUAAGUGAUGUCUGGUCUUACGGCAUUCUGCUGUGGGAAAUAUUUUCUCUUGGUGGCACACCAUAUCCUGGUAUGAUGGUUGAUUCUACUUUCUACAAUAAGAUCAAGAGCGGAUACCGGAUGGCCAAACCUGAUCAUGCUACCAAUGAAGUGUAUGAGAUCAUGGUGAAGUGCUGGAACAGUGAACCAGAGAAAAGACCUUCCUUUUACCAUUUGAGUGAAAUUGUGGAGAGUUUGUUGCCUGGACAGUACAAAAAGAGCUAUGAGAAGAUUCACCUGGACUUCCUGAAAAGUGAUCACCCAGCUGUCACACGCAUGAGAGGCGACUGUGACAAUGCUUAUAUUGGUGUCACCUACAAGAAUGAAGACAAGUUAAAGGACAGGGAGAGUGGAUUUGAUGAGCAGAGGCUGAGUGCUGACAGCGGGUACAUCAUCCCCCUGCCUGACAUUGACCCUGUUUCUGAAGAUGAGCUUGGCAAAAGGAACAGGCACAGUUCCCAGACAUCUGAAGAAAGUGCCAUUGAAACUGGUUCCAGUAGCUCUACUUUCAUCAAGCGAGAGGAUGAGACCAUUGAGGACAUUGACAUGAUGGACGACAUUGGGAUCGACUCCUCAGACCUGGUGGAGGACAGCUUCCUGUAACUCCACAGACACCUUCCAGCUCUGCACACAGGGAAGCUUGCCGUGUUGUCUACAGACUUCUGCUCCACAGAGAAAACCACUUUACUGCGAUGUCAAGGAUGUGAAGAGAAGGUGGAUUUGUACAGAGGAACUCCCAGCAAUAGACAGAGGUAUCACCCUGAGUAAGAAUGAAAGAGACAUGUCAAAGAUGGAUUUUUUUAGUGUUGCUUCUUGCAGUACUUCAGUAGCAUCUCAGUGUUGUUUGCCAUUCGAACUGGUAGGAGGAUGAAGGAAAAGGCCACAAACAGACCAGUUUUGUGUUUCAAGGGCAUUCAUAUGACUUCAAUGGAUUGAAUUUCCACUGCAGCAAUACUUCACCAUUGUAAUUAUGUAAAUAACUAUCUACUCAAGGAUCGUUUGAGGUGCACAUUGAAGAUAUGCCACAGAUUUUAGAAGUGAUCAUUGAUGAAUUUUGUGUACUUCCUCCCUCAAUCUCAAUGUCAGCUGCUGUUGAACUAUCAUGUGAAUUGAAGAACACACAAAAACCACUUUUGGACCAAAAAGGUCUAAAACCACAAGGGACACUGACCGGUACUAAAAACAUUUUACUUUUUACCAUUAAUGCAAGUAAAGGGGAAUAAUAAUAAUAAUAAUAAAACAGUCUAUAAUAGGUGUUAGAAACCUAGUCUUUAUUAACUAUAGAAGAUAGCUGUUUUCAAGGUAAUACUACUACUGUUUUCAGUAACACUAAAUGUAUAUUUUAUACUUCAUUGUCCUUCAGUAAAAGCACAGUCUGAAGAAACUUUUUCAAGUACAGGGAAAAAAUUUAUGACCUGAAGAUUUUUAGGAAACAAGUGUCUUAUUUGGCUAUACACAGUAUGGUAACUGCUCUGGUUAGCUAAAACUACUUUAACAUGGAGAAAAAUUUACAAUUUAGUUCUCUAUCAUGAGCUGAGUAGUUCUUCUAAUCAGAUUAUGACAAACCACCAGUGACAUCCCAUUAUUAAUGUUUCAUGGCUAUUCAAAAGAAAUCUUACCCUGGGGUUAGCUGUGAAGAAUCAAUUUGAUAUUUGAACUGCUCAAGGAACAAAGACAUCUCUCCCAGCUUGGAACUCCGGAUUAAAUAAGCAGAAAUAUUUCUGCAGCUAAUAUUCUUCUCUUAGUUUUCAGGUUUAAACAGGAUCAGGAAACUCAGACUAUUAUCUUUGCAGACUGUAAUGACAGAUGGUAAUUGCUUCCAAGAGUGUUUUUCAGAGGAAGGUGCAUGAAAAUGAACCUGCUCUCAGCCUGCAAUUAUUUUUUUGACACCACUUAUAUGAACAAAGUAUCAUGCUUACUGCUAUCAUUGUACAACAUGUUAUUGAGAUAUGAUGUUUUGGAAGACUUACAUGUGAAAAAAAGGUACAUCACUGCGAAGGGCCCUGUCCUUUCUGGUGCUCAGCUUUCAAACUUAACUUUAAUUCAGUGUGAUGAGUGCCUCACAGGAUGUGCUCAGCCUCUGACAUGACAGAACCAACGCAAUAGUGGUGCAAACUUAUCUCUUUAUUGCAGUAUUUUUCCUAGGAAGUGUGACAGAUGAAUCAGAAGUGACCAACAGAACACACUGCCAUGUUAAACUGAAGUUUAACUUGAAAUGGUCCUACAAAAAGCUACGCAAAUCCCCUUGACUUCACUUGUUGUGGACAGUUGUGGAUCAAAUGCAAGCAAAUGUAAUAUUGUCAGUGUUACAGGCAAAUAAUCCUGGGUCUGGAUUUCAAAAUGCCACCUGGCUGAGGCCACAUACAAGGGUACUGCAGAUGUGAAAAUGGGACCUGAAGCAAGGCACCCACAUUUUCAACCCUGAUGCAGACUGACAAUCAGAAGAACAGUAAGCAAUGGCACAUCCUCCUUUUCCUGCAGCCAACAGACCAAGACCAGGGGUCUUCCUGGGAGCUGUGCUUUAGCUGAACACAUGGCACUGAGCUCUGUACGGCCACAACUGUGGAACAUAAAGACUCUCAAAAUAACCAGGACAGAUGAGACAAUGUAAAGUCCCCCUCCAUGUGUGAACUAUGAAUUGAGGAAACACAAAUAGUCUACUGGAUAUCCCAGAUAUCUGAAUGGCCACUUGAGACCACAUGUGCCUUAAUUUGCUUGUAUAGUCAUUACAACUACACAUUCAAAUUAGGCAAGCAAUUUCACCUGCAUUUUUGCACAUGGCCUGGUGUUCUUCAGGGUUUGAAAAUCAGCCCCAGCACAUUUGAUUAUACCAGUCACUGGAAUCUAAGGACAUUUUAAUGCUCUCUCCCCUUCCCCUCACAGGUUUCAUUCUGUAUCUCACAGCACAUCUCGGGGCUAGACUUAAAUGAUGGAUAUGAACCACAGCUGGCUUACUUUCUUAUGCAUGAUAAUGUUCAUUCUCCAUCUUGUAAUUGUGUCAUGUAGAUGAACUACAUCCAUGGCAGGGGUCUAGCCAAAUCCAGCUCACUGCAGGCUUGGAAUCAGAUAAGCUGGCCUGGAAACUGGAAUAAGAAGCAGAGGAAGAGAGGGGAUUUACUAGAGAGGGAGGAGUGCGAGAGGAUGAUUCCUUUAGUCAACAACAUUAUCAGUAUUUCAGAAUUUUCUUUUAUGGCUUAUUUUUUGAGAAGCCACUGGAAGAGAUAUUCCCAAACUUUUCACUACAGUAAGUGUAUAACGACAAUCAGCAUUAGCCUACGAAACACAGGUUUUGAUUUGGAAUGGCCAACCAAUUCCUUACAGCGUGGUCUGCAACUUGUACAAAAUGGUCCUAUUACAUGAUGAAGGACGUGAGAUAUGAUGAUGUUAUACAUCAAUAUGUAUAUAAGUAUUUUUAUAUAGACUUCUAGAAUACUGCCAAAACAUUUAUGACAGCUAUAUCACUGCCUUUGUUUAUAUUUUUUUUUACUGUGAUAUAUUCCACAGGCACGUUAACUGUUGCACUUUGAAUGUCCAAAAGUUAUAUUUUAGAAUAAUAAAAAAGGAAGUGUUUCCAAAACGGUGGCUGUUGUGAAAUGUUUGAAGAAGGGCAACCUGGCCUGAAUGAUGGUAGGCACAAAAUGUAUUUCAAAAAUGCCCCUGUUGAUAUUUUGCCUUUGAAAAAAAUCCUGUAAAUUAAGAUCUCUAUAUUUCAAUAAAUGAUAUAUAAUUUAAGGA